AUGAGACGCCCUCAAUCCCCUCAAUACUGCGACGAACGGCGGGCGCCGUUCGCCCUUCUUUUCACUGUUUUCGGCUGGACCUACUUUCAGUGGAAGACGUCUCCGAAACAGCUCGACAUCUCGGCCACACAGUUUUGCUACGCUGGCGAAUGUUCGUUGUCUGUGUCCGUAGUCAUGCCGUGCGCUGUGCCGGGAUGCGACAGCAACAUUCGAGUAUGUAGUCUGCACUUCAGUCAGGACGACUACGAAUCUCCGCCAAGCAUCGUGAAAUCUAUCGGCGUCAGUUUCCGGGUCUUCCUCAAGCGUGGUGUCACCCCGUCACAGAAUCUGCCAGGCAGCAGCGAGUCGAGGAAAAGACAGAGAUUGGACGCCGGCGAUGUACCACUUGCUGCUGAUGAAACUAUCGGCGCGAGGACGAUUGAGCCAGUUGUCGGCCAACCGGGGUUGACAGAUCACGGUCAGACAGUUUGCCGUACAGACGUGGCGCAUCCCACGGUACCCGUUGCUGAACGCGAGGUCCCUUUGGCGACUUUGACUGACUCCACAGACACUAUAUCUCAAUCGCAAAUCACUGGCAGCAACGACAGCAACUGCAGUGCAGCGAAUGAAACAGGAUAUGACAGCUACACAGAUGAAGGCACAGAUAUUCCACACGAUCCUCAACCGUCACAGAAGAGCGUUGGUACACAGGCACAAGGUCCUGUGAAGGUGACCAGAGGUGUACAGACAUGCAGGCAAAAGGGACAUUCAAAGGGCAGCCAAGCCAGCCUUGAUGCAAGGCCAAUGAAAUCUGUUGGCGUACAAGCUGACCUCAUGUGCAACUCGUCUGCAAAUGAGAAACGUGCUAGAUCACUCUCUCCCAUCCGUUUGCGUUCCUCGACGCCACUCACUGGUGACACAGCACCUGCAAUGGACAGUAUUACCAGUGAGGAGGACCUGUCAAUGGCACAAUGUCCAGAUGAUCCAUCGUAUACACCAACCCUUGACAGCACAGUACUGAGCACAAUGCUUGACCCUUCUCCUCACGAAGACAACAAGUAUAUUGUCUUUGAGAGCGAGUUGAGAAAGCUCUUUCAGACUUGCCCCACAUGUCUACAGCGGUGUGAGGCAGCAUUCACUUCGAAAGGAACACUCCUUCGGGUCACAUAUUCGUGCAAGGAUGGCCACGAGAGAAUAUGGGAGAGCCAGCCCUAUAUUGGCAACAAGCCAGCUGGGAAUGUUCUUUUGUCAGCAGCAAUGCUCUUCAGCGGGUCAAACCCUAUUCCGACACUCAGGAUGCUGGACCUAAUGAAUAUCAAGGUCUUCUGUGAGCAGACCUAUUUCAACUACCAAAGGGGCUACUUAUUGCCAGCUAUUGAACAAGUAAGUCAGUUAGCAAAGCCAGAGUGA